AUGUGGGUCGUGGUGCGCUCCCUACUCUCUCCUCCCUCCUCCCUCCCCUCCCCCCUCUCCUCCCUCCCCUCUCCACCCUCCCCUCUCCACCCUCCUCCCUCCCCUCUCCACCCUCCCCUCUCCACCCUCCUCCCUCCCCUCUCUUCACACUGCAUCAGACACAGAGCAGAGAAGAGUCUGGUUCGAGUCAGGGAGGAGAGACCAGGGAGGAGUCAGAGAGGAGAAAAUAGGAAGGAGUCGGAGAGGAGAGAACAGGGAGGAGUCGGAGAGGAGGUGGCUGAGAGGUAG